GCUAUUUAAAUAAGGGUGAGACGUCAUAGAUAGUAGUUUACUGUGUUAGCAAUAUUAGUAACCCAUUCAGCUUUCAACCUUACUUCAUCGGAAUCUAUAUUUCUCUUGUUUGGCAAGGCGCCUUGUCAUUUCGAUUGAGUUAACCUUGUGCCAUUCCCUUCACCCUGUCUGGGGUCAGCUACACGGUAAAAAAUCCCACUUCAAUUGGUUUCAUUAUUUACUACCCCUUUUUGGCACGUUGGGGGUAAUUGUGUGUGUGUGUUGGGGGUGACAUUCUUUCACAUCUCGUGCACAGCUAGAGGAGGAUGUCCAUUGGAAAUACGGCGCCGGUGGGGGUCCCUGCCUUCUCCGCCUUUUACGUCUUCCCCAGCGAUGUCGACCUCCCUCGGCAGCCCGUCCGGGACAUCCCGAGCCGUCGCAAGGACUCGCCCUUGCCCUCCGCAGUGACGGCCCGGGGGGGGGGCCUGGAUGAGAAGGCCCUACCUGAAAAGUCCCUGGACAGAGAGGCCGUGGCCUCGCUCGCGGGCUGGGGGGGGCUCAGACAGUGUCACCUCUCCCACAGCUGCAGCAGCGUCGGUACGGACCUCAGCCAGUGUCACCUCUCCCGUUAUGAGAACGUCUUCCUCACGAGCGAACUCGAGCUCGGCCACGAGAACCCCAGCAGCGGCUUCCUUCGAACGCAGAACAGCUCGAUGAGCGAAUUCAUGCGAUGUCGAUCAUUCGGCGAGAAAGAUCUCGAUCGCAGUCUCUCCGUCAGAGGAAACUUCUAUGGUGGGGAAGUCCUUACCUCUAACACCUAUCCACAACCGAAUUUAAACCCUUCCAUGGGCCCUUCAGGAUGUGCAUCCCUGCCUCUCAAAGGAAAAUGA